UUCCGUCCGUGCGUCAACAGCAACAGCUAGGAUGUUGCGAUAUCGCGGGCAGCCGAAGAUUGCUGCGGUUGCACACAUAACGGUGCUGUGUUGAAACGUCCUCCCAAUGUUUAGGUGGAUGCUAAAUUAUACGGUUUCUCAUUUCAGCUGUAACACACGGAUGCCUUGUUUAUUUUAUUUAUUUAGCUUCAGUCGUUAUGUGUUGAUAAAAGGCUGCAUCGCGCUAACGCGCUAGCUUACUAAAAUCACAGCUUUAAUGUAACGUUAAAUGGAAGCGGUUAAAUAGCCGGACAGGCAGCUAUGUGCCAUCACUUCACUUGACUGAGGAUGGAAAGAUUGUUUCGGGGGACACACACCACAAGUCAGACGUCGGACGCAUCGCACCCGGAGACAUUAUCUUCAGAGGAUAACCUGGAUAACCUUACGCGAAAUGUCAUAGCGCGCGAGCGGCUAGCACUGGGCUAGCUCGGUAAUGACCACAGGAGAUGGGAGAAGGACCUUAUGUUAUCAGCAGCAGCAGCCGAGCGUGAACAGCUGGACGGAUAGCUAGAGAAAUACUUCCUCCGGAGAUGCUUUAGCCCUCCUGGGUGGUGUUAUUCACUUACAUAACAGCGAGUCGCGAGCGCUCGAGCUGUACCACCGACUGGCCCGUGUUGGCGAGCGAAAUGGGACAUUCGCCCCCCAAAAUUCCCGUUGUCUCAGCGUCGUACGCGACGAAAGGCGUCGCUGCAUGUUUCCGUUGCUGCAAAUAGACUCGCAUUAAGCGGCGAUACCUUCAGGUUCACAACCCGACCUUGCGUUGCGUUAUAUAUUUAUAUUUAUUUAUAUAAAUAACAGCAGUGCAAUUAUUCAGCGCGCGGGGGUCGGUCUCCGAUCGACGUCGAUUUGCUGACAUGAGGAAGUUCUUUGAUUCUCGCCGGGAGUUGGUGAAUUCCGGGCCCGGUUCUGGAGGAGGAGGUGGGGGCGGCUCCGGUCACGCAGGCGGAAAUUUCAUUGGCAGAGCCUUCAAUGUCGGGCGACACCAGGUUACUGUUGAGGAGAUCAUUGCCGAAGGUGGCUUUGCAAUCGUGUUCCUGGUGCGCACCAAUCAAGGGGUGCGCUGCGCCCUGAAGAGGAUGUACGUCAACAACGAGGAUGAUCUGCAGGUCUGCAAAUGCGAGAUUCAAAUAAUGAAAGACCUCGUGGGGCACAAGAACAUCGUUGGCUACCUGGACUCCAGUAUCACGGCCAUGGGGUCGAGGGAUGUAUGGGAGGUCCUCAUACUUAUGGACUACUGCAAGGGGGGACAAGUGGUCAAUUUGAUGAAUCAGAGGCUGCAGACCGGAUUCACCGAGGCGGAGGCGCUACAGAUCUUCUGCGACACCUGCGAUGCUGUUUCUCGCCUGCACCAGCGCAAGACACCCAUCGUCCAUAGAGACCUUAAGGUGGAGAACAUCCUCUUGCAUGACAAGGGUCAUUAUGUGCUGUGUGACUUUGGCAGCGCCACCAACAAGUUCCAGAGCCCGCAGACGGAAGGAGUGGCCAUCGUGGAGGAAGAGAUUAAGAAGUACACAACUUUAUCAUAUCGUGCACCCGAGAUGGUGAACCUCUACAAUAACAAGAUCAUCACCACAAAAGCAGACAUCUGGGCGCUGGGCUGUUUGCUCUACAAAGUGUGCUUCUUCACUCUGCCCUUCGGUGAAAGCCAGGUGGCCAUCUGUGAUGGCAGCUUCACCAUCCCGGACAACUCGCGCUACUCCUAUGAUCUUCACUGCCUCAUUCGGUACAUGCUGGAGCCUGACCCGGACAAAAGGCCAGAUAUCUACCAGGUGUCCCACUUUGCUUUUAAGCUAGCUCAGCGGACCUGUCCUGUCCAGAAUGUGAAGAAUUCUCCAAUUCCUUCCAAACUGCCUGAGCCCAUUAAAGCGAGUGAGGCUGCAGCAGCAAAGAAGAACCAGGCUAAACCCAGACUGACUGAUCCAAUUCCCACCACUGAAACCUCCAUCACCCCUCGCCAGAGGCCCAAAGCAGCCCAUACCCAGCCAGCUGCUGGCAUCCUACCCAUCCAGCCUGCUGCUCUCACCCCUCGCAAGCGGGCUAAUCUCCCAGGAGGUGUGGCUCAGCCUCUGGGAGUCAGCUUAAAUCUGUCUCAGCCAGCUGCAGCUCUGCAGUCACAGAAGGCCCAGGCUCCAGCUCUGCCACUCGUCCAGUCACAAAACAAUUCAAGUCAGGCUGUGGCUCCGCAGAAGCAGCAGGUGCAGCCGGCUGCAGUUACAGGAGCAGAGACUACAACAACAACAACAACAACAACAACAGCAGCGGCUGCGUCGGCAGUGACCAAGGCUGACGCCCAACAACAGGCGCAGCCGAUAGUCCAACAACAGGCCACACCCGCCUCCGGGGUCAGCGCCACCUCCCAACAGGUGGCUCAGACACCAUCAAGCCCGGCUCCACCUCAGCGUCCAGCUCGACGCAAGCAGGCUCAGGCGCCUGCGGCUGCAGCCGGCACACCGGACCCCGGCCAGACGGCUACAUCUCAGCAGACGACUCCGCCCUCGGCGGCCCAGGCUCCGCCCACCUCGGCUGCGAUCAGCCAAAAAUCGGCUGAGACGACUCCACCCGCUUCUCCGAAGGCAACCGGAGAGCGAGGCCACCAACGCACGCCGAGUGACGCGGCAGCGAACAGCGUCGCUGGAGCCCCAGUGAGCGACACCCUACUGCAGCCUCGAGGAGCCGACCGAGACGCCGCCCUCAACCAAUCACUUCCAUCUCAGCCGAGCACCGCCCAGCUGGUGGAGUUCGGUGCUGGUGAUGCAGAUCGGGACCAAAAUAAAAAUGGUUCCACCGUUCCACUGUCCGGCGAUGCCACUGACACCCCCGGGCAGCCCACGUGGAACCCUUUUGACGAUGACGACUUUUCCAACCUCGCUGUAGACAAAUUAAAAACUGAGGCCAAAAAGCCCACUGACCUUCCUUUAGAAAUUGCACCAUCAUCCUCAGAGGAGUUGAUCCCGGGCCUGCAGGCCUUAUCGGUAGAUAAUACACCCCAAGAUACUGUUGAAGGACCAAGCAUUCGCGAUGUGGAUCCAGGAGCCUCGCUGCUGGUUGUCCCGGAUCCUUUUGGUAUCCUCGAGCUGUCGGAUACACCACAGAAGCUGAUUGAAGGACUCAAAUCUCCGGACAUAUCUUCACUCAUGCUCCCCGACCUCUUGUCCCUGUCGGAUCCCUUCGGUGGCUCCCUGGAAGAUUCUACUAAAGACCCUCUCGCCGCAGACGACUCCCUCCUGGGCUGCUCUCUGAUCUCGGGUCCGUCCGCCCCUCCAGCGGCGAGCGGUGCCACCUCCUCCGUCUCUGCUGCUCCCGUCGCUGCUGCCUCCGCUCUGGAUGAUUUCAGUCUGUUGUCUGGAGACUGUGCACAGCCUGUAGCAGACUCAUCUCUCCUGAUCUCAGACCUUGAGCCCCAGCAGACCCUCGCUGACGGAGGCCCGGAGGACGAGUUCGAUCCGAUUCCCGUCACGGGCCGAAAGAAUUCCCAAGUUUCAGGAGGCCACUCGCGCAGUAACAGUGGCGGCUCUGAAUCCAGCCUGCCCAGCUUGGCCCGCCCCAUGCUGCUGGUGGACCAGCUCAUCGACUUGUAGACGGCCCCCCCGCCCCGUAGAAGCUAUAACACUGGAUUAUAGACCGGCACAGCAUAACAGCAAUCAACACUGUUGUCAUAGCUAGCUCAGCCCCUUCUCUCCCCCCCCCUCCCCUCCCACUGGCUGUCAUCUCCAUCCUAGUUCCUACAGCAGAACAACCACCGCCUUUCGCUGAUCUUCAUACCUGUCGUCUCCGCCGCGUCCGGCUUCUCUUCACCCCUCGCCUCUCACCCUCUCACUCACACUUUCUCUUUGCUGUAGUCUCAUUUACGCUCCACUAACAUCCUCUCCAAACAUCAACCAUCGCAUCUGUCCGUCAAUCAGGAUGUAUUAUCACCAUCCAGUUUGUUUGAGCAAUAUUGCAUCAUGUUUAAUAGCGAACAAUAGAAGAUCAUUGUUGUAAUGUGCGAUAGGCAUAGUUCUAAGUGGUUGUAGUUAUUAUCGUGCACAAGUGAAAUUGUUGUUGUUUGCCUUGUUUGAAUUCUCCCUCCCAGAUUUAUUUGCACAUUUGACAGUAGGAACCAUAGAAAAGUUGAAUGACCAUUUGUUCACAUCCGGUCAGUUUAUUUCUUCUCUAAAAGGGAAACUUAGUCAUGCAGCCUGAUUUGCACAGUAGCAUAAAUGUUACCUCUGUCUUUGGAUUGAAUAUCCGAUCAAUUUAGAGGUCCAAAUAGAUUAGACUGGAAUUUUUCAAUCUGGAAACAAAAUGGCUUUAAACACCAUACUGAGUUAUUGUAGUAAAUUAGCUGCUGACUGGUGGAGAAAGUAUUUUAGCUAAACUCUAAAUUAGAAAAUAAUGUCUUUACAGACAGACUGAAUUUUUGAUGAGGAUCCGCUCUCACCUGCUGUUAUUGUGAUCUUAUUUAUGAUGUCCUUGUUGAGGUCAGCAAUAGUUUGUUUAAAAUUAAAUGACGAAUCAGGGUCAUUUGAAAAGUGUUCAUUGCAGUGUGCCAUAUCAAUAGAAAAUGCAUGAAAUCUUGACAAUAAUUUGAAUAAUAAGCAGUAACAGGAAAUGCUGUAGUUUUUACUUAGAGCGCGUUCAUUCGUGACCAUCCAGGUACAUCUUUGGCACCAAGAGAAACCGUCUAAUACGCAUUUUUAAAAUCAUUUUCACUCACUUGCACUUUCUGUUUGAGUAUCAACACAAGCAUUCAUUUUGCGUUGUGCAAUCCUAUCUACAUUCAUGCCAUUUUUUCACUUCUAAUUUAUGUAAAUAGAUAUCUGCGACCCUUGCAGGCUCUUAUCCAGACCACAGAAUUGGUUAUUCUUCCUGUGUAAAUAUCUGCCAUUGUCAUGAGGCUUUACUUGUGGAAAACAUAUUGCUUUAAUUGUGAAAUCUCUCAUAUAUCCAUAUAUAUAUGACAUUGUUUUCCUGUUAAUAAAUGUUAAUAUAAAUAGAGUGUUAGAGAAUGAAUGUAAAAAAUGAAUAUUAGUCUUUAAUAAAAAUAUAUAUCUGAUUCUGAAACCAUAAACACUGAAGAAUAUUGAAGAAUACUCUAUAUGAAUAUUUCAUUCCUCUUUGUGGAAUCAUGUGUUGAAAAAGUUUUUUUUUCUUGGUUAUAUUCAUUAUUUUCAGUAAAUUUAAAUCCUAGUUGUUGUUCUACCUGAAGAUUAGGCUGAAUCCCUUGUCCUACUCUACAUGAAGGAUUAUAUUUUUAUUAAGGCGGGAGGCAAAUCUUAGUUUCAGACUGUUUCAUUUCAUCGCUCAACUUCUCUUGAAACCUGUACUUUGCGAGGCUUCGUUUUGCUUCACCUGCUUCAGUGAUCACAGAACUCAUAUCAAAACGCAUGGCAGUGUUGUCGAAUGUUAUGUUCAUGUGUGUUAUGGUAUACUGUGUAAUGAUGGGUGUGGGUGUGGGUGGUGUGUGAGUGUGUGUGGGUGUGGAGUCAGAAUUGUUGGAUGUGUUUUUCUUAUGUUGUUGUUGUUGUUGUUGUUUGCUGCAAAUAUGGCGACGGUUGCGUCUGCAUUCAAAGCACAGCCCCCUCUCAAAUUCUCUCAGGAAGUCAGAGCUGAGAGUUGGAUACGUUUUGGCCGACUGCUCUCAAAGUCUGCUCUCCGAAUCCCAGUUUAGACCAUUGGUCUGCACCGUACCCGUGUGAGGGGCUCUGUGAGGUGUGAAAGGUACAACACUGAGCAUUCAGUGCAGGGUUCGAAAAGAUCAGCGCCGAUCAGCAAUAUCUCUGUUUCUGUAGGAUCAAACUACAUCGUUUGGCAUGCGUGAUAAAAGCAAGACAGCGUUUUUAUCCUGCCAUUUUAGGAAGUUUAUUUUUCAGUCCCUCCUGGGGGUUAAGUGACGUUUGGUAUGUAAGCGCGACAAGAAAUGGUUUUGAUUCCGACAGAGUGCAAAAAAACAUAAUGGGUUUCCAAGUGUCAGAUACACAACUUGUUGUUCUUUGAUGGUAAAACAGUGUCUGUCCUAUUCUGAUGUUUUGAAGUCUGCUCAACCCCUCAGGUUCUGGAUUUAGAUUUUUGUUUUUGUUUUUGUGGAGAACGCUUGAUUUCAAUUUCAUCCUCUGGUCUUUGAAAAAGGAAAAAAAUAAAUAAAAAAAAACUCAAGGAGGGGCAGGUUUCAAGCAAACAGUCUCAUAGGUGUAUUUACUGCAUGUGAAACUAACGGCUCCCACAUGUUCUCCCCCAGCUGCUGUACGAUCCUUCCUCCGAACACUUGCAGUUACUGUUUGAACCUAUGCAACCCGAGCUCUGCCCCUGUAGCCGCCAGUGUGCUGUCGUUAUCGGUGAAGCCGAGCAGGUAGUGUGGGAUUAGUCCUCGGUGUGAAACACAAGCCCCUCCUUCUCCCCGUUGUUUUGCCACAAAUGAAUGAAUAUCUGAUGCUUUUGAGUGUUCUCGAGACGCCUCCUGUCUUCAUGGCCCAAACCUGCAUCAGAGCUGUGGUAUUGUGUGCUCCUUCUAUUUUUGUGGGAUAAUUAAAGAAUUAUAAAGGGAUGGCAAAUAAAAUACAAAUGUGAAUGUCAA